UCACAUAGAGAGGCUGGACAAAGAGUCCAACCUGUUCUCAAUAGAAACACGGUUGCAUCCAGAGUUUUUUGACUGGAGAACAGGUAAUGUUGCUCAUACAGUAUAUACAGAUAUAUCUGUAGUGAUAUACAGUAUGUCAUGUAAUUUUAUUCCACAUGUCAUGUAUUCUUUAUAGAAUCGAAAGGCUACCAGUCGGUGGUGGUAGACGCAGACUUUUGAAUGCUGAGCAGGAGGCAGCCAUUGUGAACAUGGUUCUGGCAAAUAAUGCCAUUAGGCUGCGUGAAAUCAGGGCAGCAGUGAUUGCAGAUCAGGGGGUAUUUCGAAAUGUAAAUACUGUGAGUGAGACAACAAUUGCCCGUGUCCUCAGUAGGAACAACAUGGCUAUGAAACAGCUCUACAGAGUUCCCUUCCAGAGGAACUCUGAUGCUGUGAAGGAGGCCAGAUGCCAAUAUGUGGAGCAUAUCAUGGAGCUUGAAGCUGAGGGGGCACAUCAUAUUUUCAUCUAUGUCGAUGAAGCCGGCUUCAACCUCUGUAAAGUGAGGCGCUGCGGGAGGAACCUCAUUGGGCAUAGGGCCACUAUUACAGUUCCAGGGCAGAGGGGCGCCAACAUUACUAUGUGUGCUGCUAUUUCUAAUGAUGGCGUCCUCAGCCAUAUUUCAGCUGUUGGCCCCUACAAUAGUGAGCGCCUCAUUGCAUUCUUGGACACCCUGCAUGACAGGCUCAUCCCGCCUCAGGAAAGAGGGCUGUUGAGGCCUGGCAUGCCACUGUUUGUAAUCAUCUGGGACAAUGUGGCAUUCCACCACUCUCGUGUGGUGAAUGAGUGGUUUGUGGGGCACCCGAGGAUGAUGAUGCAAUUCCUUCCUCCAUACUCUCCAUUUUUAAAUCCUAUAUAGGAAUUCUUCAGUGCAUGGAGAUGGAAGGUAUACGACCACCGCCCCUAUGAGCAGAUGCCCUUGCUCGAUGCAAUGACCGCUGCUGCCCAAGACAUAGAUGCAGAGGCAUGCCAAGGAUGGAUAAGGCAUGCUAGAAGAUUCUUCCCUAGGUGCAUCGCAAGGGAAAAUAUUGAGUGUGAUGUAGAUGAGGCCAUGUGGCCUAUUCAUCAAGAGAGAAUAGACUAGUAGAGAUUUUUUUUUCUUUAUUGUACAGAAUUAUUAUUUUUAUUUUCCUAAUGUCUUACACAGUGACGGAUUUU